AUGGUCAAGACUUUGCAGAGAAGGCAAUGUCGUUGUGCUUCCCAAGCCAAGCCCAAACCUGGAUUGCACAUCUCAAUACCCUUGCGGAUGUCCAGUUACAUAUUCAAGAGACCAGUCACUAGAAUCACCUCCCACCCUGGCAAUGAGGUCAGGUACUACCAGUGGGAAGCCAGCAUGGACAAGCCCCAGCAGGUCUCUUGGCAGAAGAGGCUGCAGGGACUUCAGGCCUACAGUAGUGAAGGGGAACGAUUAAGCACUUUGGACCUUGUCAAAGCCUUGCAAAACAUCACACUCAGUUACACAGCUGAACCCUCGCCCCAGACCCUCGCUAGUGAUUGUCCUCCCAGCUCCAGGUCUGCCACGCCCGGCUCAUCUUCAGACUGGACCAAGGUGAUCCCAGGAGCGAGUCUUGGGGUCUCACAGUUCUGCAAACCGAUUCUGGUAACUGACGAAGAUAUUAAGAAACAAGAAAGGAAAGUGAAGAGAGUGAGGGAGAGGCUGGCAAUAGCACUGAUUGCAGACAGGCUCGCUCGUCAGGCAGAGACACUGAGGGGCCAGGCAGGAGCUCUGCAAAAGCAUUGA